CCCACAUUCAUAACACGGCCAGAACAGCUUUGGAUAUGAUUCCCCUUGAUGUUGAGUACCUGCUCACAAGGAUAUUUUCACCGUCAGAGUAGAAAGACUGAAGAGCUUUUGUGAUUUUGUUGGCCAGGAGUACCAUAACAUUUUAGGACACAGCAAUGUUCGCUGGAUGUCCAUGCUCCCUGCUCUAGAAAGAGUGCUGAAAAGGUAUGUGCCAUUGAAAUCCUUUUUUAUUUUCUGAAGACAAAUGCCCUGUUGUCCUGCGAACAAUGUUCAAAGAUCCACUGACUGUACUUUGGCUGGACUUUGUCCAUGGAAACUUGACCGUAUUCAGUGACACGAUCAAGAUGCUUGAAGGCCAGGACCACUGUGCUGUGGAGUCAGCUGCUAUUCUGAGAAACAUUGAGGCAAAAUUGACUGCAUGACGUGAUGACAACUUCAUUCCAGUUUUGGUCAGAGGACUUCUGAGAGAGCUAGAGGGAAAUGGUGCAAUGUCUAAAGAGAGCUUUCUCAAAACAUCCCAAUCAUUCUUCAUUACGGCUGUGAACUACUUGCAGGCAUUGGGAAAGCACACAGAUAAUCAAUUGUUUUUACAUUGUCUCCUUUUAAAAAGGCAACCUAAGCGUGAAGAGAUCCAGAAGGUAGCAGCCACACUGCAGGAAAAAUGCCCCCAUGUGACAAUCAAUGAGGAUGCAUUGUUUGACGAGGUUACUGGCCUGCAAGAGUUCCUAAAGGGGGGGAUCGCUUGAAGAAUGUAAAACAUUGGAGACACCGCUUAGUCAGAGAUGGAGUUUCCCACUUCAAAGAGAACGAUAUCCCACACACUAACCUGGCUAGAUUAGCGUCUGUUGUCAUGUGCUUACCUGGAAGUAAUGCACCAGUCGAGAGUGUUCUCCCAAAUGAAUGAUUUAUGGACAGCAGCAAGAAAUAGGUUCACUGUUCCUGCCAUCAAGGCCAUGCUUAUUGUGAGGACAAACUUCAACCUCACCUGCCAGGAGUUCAUGGAGAAGCUGGCCAAAGACAGAGCAAUCCUGAAUAAGAUACAUUCUUCUGAGAAAUAUACAGAUUAGAUAUAUGGAGGAUGGGAAGACUGCUUCAGCUACUGAUAUUGGCUUUGAUACUAUUGAUCUGCAUUUAUCUUUUAUUUGUAUGUCAAUUCAACCAGUGCCUACUGAAUGUGUCACCAUCCAAUCAUCUCAAAUACAACCACACUAGCUUCCCAAGUCGUUGUAGUGGAAUCACCAACAGGACAUUUACACCAACCAAUGACUCCUUAAUGAGUAAAGAGGAAUGGGAAUCUCUGCUCACAGAGCUACAAUGGUCAUUACCGCCUGUUGUCUUCUUAUCCACAGAUGAGGCCACAAACCCCACUAAGUGCUCAUUCUCUGUUGUCAACCCCAAUUCAAACCACAGAGUUGGAGGGUUUAUAGAUGUGAUUUUGACAGCUAGAGAUACUAAAAACAGGAUCAAAACCUAUGGAGGGGACUUUUUUCAGGCCAAGUUGUUUAACUCAGAACUUAAGGCCAGUACUUAUGGAGCUGUAACAGACCACUUUAAUGGCACCUACACUGCCCGCUUGGCCCUGCUUUGGUCCGGACCUGCCAAGGUGUCCAUCCGCCUAGUGCACUCCAGCGAGGCCGUGCAGGUACUGUGUAGGCAAAGAGAACAGGACCCAGAUAAGGUCUACUUCCAAGGCUACUUUGAGGAGGGUGGCGAGCAGGAAACGGUGAUGUGCAAUGCCCAGAGAAGUCCUAGGCUGGUGGGGAAUGAUGCACAGUGUUGCUGUGAGUACAGAGAGCCAGUCACUGGGGAGACCUGGUUCUGUCGUCGGCCAUCUUCCCUGCCUUGCCAUGCUUUGACCUACCACAGCAUGGGCGGUUACCAGGCAGUACUCUCCAAGAUGGAGACAACCCUUCUUAAGAGUUCCACAAACAUUAUUGUACCAGGUGACGAUUCAGCUAUCGAUGUCCAGCAACAGGACACUGAAAUCCGAUCACAAACAAAAUGCCGUCCUGGUUUGCACACCUCAGUACCAGCUGGAUUCUACCUCCAGGAUCACUGGACGUCCCUGGUGUGUGACUCAAAAUCCUUUCCCUCAGCUAAACUGAUAUCUGGAUGCCUGAAGGACAAACAGAUCCUUAUGAUGGGUGACUCCACUCUCCGUCAGUGGUUCGACUACCUGGAGGAAACUGUGCCAACAUUGAAACGCCUGAACCUUCACACAUCAAGCAAAUCGGGCCCCUUUGAGGCAGUCGACACCCAGUCCAACACCCGUAUCAUCUGGCGGGCCCAUGGGAUACCUAUACGGACAAGCAAGACCCCCUGGGCUGACCUCCACUACAUCGCCAGGGAGGUGGAGGGUUUGGCAGGGGGUGCACACUCUGUAGUCGUCUUCACCAUCUGGGCUCAUUUCACCACGUACCCACUGGCUAUGUACGCACACCGUCUGGUUGUCAUCCGUAAGGCUGUGGCGUCGCUCCUAAGACGAUCUCCCACUACUCUGGUGGUGAUCAAGUCAGCCAACACGGGCUACAAGGAUGUGUAUGGCAGCGACUGGCUCUCCUGGCAGCUCGACAUGGCACUCAGGGAAAUAUUCAGGGACUUGCCUCUGGUCCUCAUUGACGUUUGGCAGAUGACUUCCUGCCACUAUUCUCCUGACAACAUUCACCCGCCCUCUGUGGUGAUCCAAAAUGAAGUGGAUCUCUUCCUGUCCUUUGUUUGUCCGCAGUGAAAAAAUUUGAAGUCAUGCCUGUAAAAACAUUGUGCCUUACUGUAUACAAAAUGCUCUCCCAAAGGAAUCUACAGUAUAUGGGAAAAGGGAUUGUAAUGUUAAGACGAUAAGUCCUUUAAAAACGGUUUGCCUUCUUCAAAAUGAAUGUAUAGCUUUUCUAACUGGCCUUAUUUUAAAAUAAAAACUACUUUAACUAUGAA